UAUUCUGACAGACCGGUGUCGUACGUUUUUGCAGAAUCACCAUGGCGUCUGUGUUGAAAGAGACUGCGGGGUUGUAUGAAACGCUGAAAGCUGAGUGGAAUAAAAAGAAUCCAAAUCUUAAUAAAUGUGGAGAGAUCCUGAGCAAGUUAAAGAUAUCCCUUUUGGAAUUGAACUUUCUACCAACCUCUGGGACCAAACUAACCAAACAGCAACUUAUCCUUGCCAGAGAUGUUUUGGAAAUCGGAGCACUAUGGAGCAUCCUGAAGAAAGACAUCCCCUCCUUUGAACGCUACAUGGCUCAGCUUAAGUGUUAUUACUUUGAUUACAAGGAGGAGUUGCCCGAGUCAUCCUACAGUCACCAGUUACUGGGUCUCAACUUGCUCUUCCUGCUCUCUCAGAACAGAGUGUCUGAGUUCCACACAGAGCUGGAGAGAUUGAGUGCAAAAGACAUCCAGACCAAUGUCUACAUCAGACACCCAGUUUCAUUAGAGCAGUAUCUGAUGGAAGGCAGUUACAACAAGGUCUUCCUUGCCAAAGGAAACAUCCCUGCCGAGAGCUACAACUUCUUCAUUGACAUUCUUCUUGAUACCAUUCGAGAUGAGAUUGCAGGUUGUAUAGAGAAAGCAUAUGAACAGAUUCAGUUCAAUGAGGCCACGCGGGUGCUUUUCUUUUCCUCUCCAAAAAAGAUGACUGAAUAUGCGAAGAAAAGAGGAUGGACCCAGAGUCCUGAUGGAUACUACUCAUUCAGUACCCAGCACCAAAAGACAGAGGAAGUGAACAUCCCCUCCACAGAACUGGCCCAACAAGUCAUCGAGUAUGCAAGGCAGCUGGAAAUGAUUGUGUAGUGUGGAUCUGGCAGCAUUUAGACACAUGUAUACAUAAAGGUUCACAUUUGUUUAUCCA